CGCGCGGGGCGGGGCGGGCAUGGCGGGCAGAGUGCUGUUCCGGCGCGGCGCCGGGCAGAGCGACGACUCGGAUAUGUGGGACGACACGGCCCUCAUCAAGGCGUACGACAAGGCGGUGGCCUCCUUCAAGAAUGCUUUAAAGAAUGGGGACUGCUCAGAGCCUUCGGAUAAGCAGGAGCAGCGGCCGGGGAUGAAAAGGAAGAACAGCAAGAAGAACAGGAACAGAAACAAGAGCAACGGCGUGCCGUUGAAACAGUGGAAAGUUGGUGACAGUUGUAACGCUGUUUGGUCUGAGGAUGGUAAUGUCUAUCCAGCAACAAUUGCCUCCAUAAAUCUGAAGAGGGGUACAUGCGUUGUUACCUACACCGGAUAUGGAAAUAAGGAGGAACAGAACCUGGCUGAUCUACUUCCUCCAGCUAGCGAUGAAACAAAUGAAAAUGAGAGUCCUUAUUCAACAGAUGAAAGUGAAAAAUCUUCCCAGUCACAUCAAAAUGAAAAUAACUGCACAAAAGCAAGAUUCUCUCCUAAAAACUUACGGUUUCCCAUACCGCCAACACCUCCAGGCUUGGGAAGGCAUGGAUCAAAAUUCAGGACACUUCCACCGUUCUUAUCUUGCUGGCCCCCACCCUUUCCAGCAGGACCACCAUUGAUUCCUCCUCCACCACCUAUGGGGCCAGAUUCUCCUGAGGAUGAUGAAGCGUUGGGAAGCAUGUUGAUAGCUUGGUAUAUGAGUGGUUAUCACACUGGAUAUUAUCUGGGGUUAAAACAAAGUCGAAUGGAAGCGGCUCUAGAGAGAGAAGCUUAUCUAAAAUAACUGAAUAACCAUCACUGUUUUGAAGGAUUACAGGUACAAAUGCUUGAGAUGAUGAGAGAUGUUUAUCACUUGUGCACUGGGUGAUGGUGAAGAUCAGAAUUUUAGCAAAGAUGAUAAAUCUUUGUUUUCGUAACAGUGAGCUGCCCAUGGUAACAAGUAGACAAAUUACUUGAGGCUAGUAAUUGUAUACGCACUGAAACAAGCUAUUUCUUGAAGACGUUUUGGCAUAUGCAUUUAGAAAGUACUGCUGCAGUGUUUUUUACUUUCUUGAAACAAAAUAAUAAAUCCAUCAAGUGUGGGUUUCGGUGA